UUUCAAAGAAGUCUCAAAGCAACUACGUACGGUAACUCAAACAUAGAAAUUAGAUACGCAUAGCUGUACAACAAUGAAAGGAUUUCAGAAUUUCCUUCGAGUUAUUACACUCAUGGCUUUAGCUUCUACAUUAGCCUCAGCGUAUGAUCCCAGCCCUCUCCAGGACUUCUGUGUAGCCAUCAAUAACAUCACAGAUGGAGUCUUCGUAAAUGGGAAGUUCUGCAAGAAUCCAAUGGCGGUCACAGAAAACGACUUCUUCUUUUCUGGACUCAACCAGGCAGGAAACACAAUGGAUCCACCAGGAUCAGCUGUCACCCUUGUAUUUGCUGACCAACUUCCAGGACUUAACACCCUCGGUGUAUCCAUAGUUCGUAUUGACUUUGCACCAAAUGGUGGUUUAAACCCUCCCCACACUCAUCCUCGGGGCUCUGAGAUCCUAGUAGUCCUAGAGGGCACAAUCCUGGUUGGAUUUGUCACAUCCGACCAAGAUGGUAAUCGUCUCUUCGCCAAAGUCCUGAAUCCGGGAGAGGCUUUCGUCUUCCCAGCUGGUCUCAUUCAUUUUCAACUCAAUGUGGGAAACACUCCUGCUGUUGCCCUUGCUGCUCUAAGUAGCCAAAAUCCAGGAAUCAUCACCAUUGCGAACGCUGUUUUUGGCUCAAACCCACCCAUAAAUCCUUAUAUCCUCACAAAGGCCUUCAUGUUGGACAAGAAUGUAGUAGCCUUGAUUAUUGCUGACUUAAGCAUCGGAGUGUCUACCCCGAGGACUCACCUCGGGGCUUUGCAGGUCAAUCUGGAGUGCAAAUACGGAUUGAAGAAGGACUUUUGGUUUGGUGCAACUACAUUGGCGCCGUCUGUGGGAAUCCGAACUGAAAGCUCCCUCGUUGCUCUCUCAUCAUGGUUAACACUCGAUCAGUCCGAGCUGGAAACUCAUCUCAGCCCCUUUGACGAGGGCCAAUCUCACAUCACACUAGCUCAGCAACCCCUCCUUGAUGAUGUCACUCGACGUCUAGACAGCCUAGAAAAGCUAGUAGUUGAGUUGAGGGGCGCCCCACCUCCACGUCAUGCUGCAGACUUUAUACCUCAUCCUCUGAACACCAACAUCACAUUAGAACCCUACCCUGCUGGCUUUAGAAUACCUCAACUUGAGACUUAUGAUGGGAUGAAGGAUCCCAAUGAUCACCUGCAUGCUUUCUACUCUUACAUGCAAGCCAAGAACGCCUCUGAUGCGUUGAUGUGCAAAAUCUUUCCAUCUACUCUCCGAGGUAAUGCUCGAACCUGGUAUUACAGUCUACCUCCGAGGUCAAUCAGCUCUUAUACAGAAAUGGCAUCUGCUUUUGCCACCAAGUUUUCCAGUAGAAGGUUGAUCAGGAAAACCACUUUUGAGCUGAUGCGAGUUAAGCAGAAGGAUAGAGAGUCUUUGAAGAAUUUUAUGAGCAGAUUCAAUGAUGCAAUACUGAAGGUUAGCUAUUUCGACCAAGCUGUGGGAAUUACAACCGUGAUCUCAGGUCUUAGCCAUGAGAGAUUCAGAGAUAGUUUGCUUAAACAUCCUGCCACCAUCUUCAACGAGGUAAAUGAUAGAUCAUUGAAAUUCAUAACUGUUGAGGAAUAUGCCUUGUUGCAGAAACCAGCCCCCUCUAAGAACCAAAACCCAGACUGGAGAGAUGAGAAUCCAAGCAGGAAACGGAUGAGGAUAGCACAGAACCGAGAUCCGAUGUCGACCUCCGCACCGAGAUUCGAAAGGCCGAACUUUACACCCCCACAACAGUCUGAAGGAGGAUUGGAAGCAGGGGGGAUGAGCUCCAAGCAAAGGAAGUUGUAUGUUAAAGAGGUCAAGCACCAGAAUCGAGCUCAGAAGAGGAAAAUUGAUGAUGCUGACUGGAAAGAACAGCCGAUGACUUUUACACCUGCUGAUUUUGAAGGGGUGCUAACACCUCACAAUUAUCCUGUGGUCAUCUCUAUAAUGAUCAACAAUUGUCAAGCCCAACGUGUACUUGUUGACACUGGUAGCGCACCUGACAUCAUGUACUACGACUGCUUUGAGAGCUUAGGGCUCGACCCAGCUCUACUACAGCGUUAUGAUGGUCCCAUAUAUGGCUUCAACAACCAACCAGUUCUAGUUGAAGGGGUCAUCAAAGAAGAAGUUGAAAAACUCUUACAAGCUGGCUUCGUUAGAUGGGUCGAUUACUGUGAAUGGGUCGCUAAUCCUGUGUUGGUGAAGAAAGCAAAUGUCAAAUGGCGGAUGUGCAUCGAUUACACUAAUCUCAACCAGGCAUGCCCAAAAGACUAUUACCCAAUGCCAAACAUUGACAAGCUGGUUGAGGCAACUUCUGGAAACGAGAGAUUAAGUCUCCUAGACGCAUACUCUGGCUACCACCAAGUUCCAAUGGCUUUUGAGGAUGAAGAAAAAACCUCAUUCUAUGCCGGCGAUGAAAUCUAUUGUUAUGUGAUGAUGCCCUUCGGUUUGAAGAACGCGGGUGCCAUUUACCAGAAGAUAGUUACCAUCGUAUUCCGAGCUCAAAUAGGCAGGAAUCUGGAAGUUUAUGUUGAUGACAUAGUGGUGAAGAGUUUGAAAGCAGAAGACCACCUAGUUAAUCUCGACGAAACUUUCAACAACCUCAGAAAGAACAGAAUGCAGUUAAACCCAGCCAAAUGCAUCUUCGACGUGGAGUCUGGAAAGUUUCUAGAGUGCACUCCAGGUCAUUCAACCCUUAAUCCAGAACCCAACAACUGGACCUUAUAUGUUGAUGAGGCUAUUAAUAGCAAGGGUUCAGGAGCUGGUGCUCUCUUGAUUGGCCCAGAUGGAUACCAAAGCGAACAUGCCCUGAAAUUUAACUUCGAUGCAACAAACAACAUGGCUGAGUAUGAAGCUCUGCUACUUGGUCUACAACUAUCAUUGAAGUUGAAAAUCAAUGCGAUUCAAGUAUACAGUGACUCCCAGCUGGUGGUGAACCAAAUCAACUCAAUCUGCGAAGUCGUUAAUCCUGUGAUGGCAAAUUCACUCUCAAAGCUUGCCUCUGAUAGCUCUUUAAGUUCUAGAUCAGUUUUUGUGGAGGUCUUAGACGAACCAAGCUUCAUGAAGCCACGGAUGAUGGAGAUUAGCACAGACCCUGACACACCGAGUUGGACCGACUCAAUUAUCUCCUUUUUACGAGAUGGGAUAGUACCUGAGGAUAGGCAAGAGGCAAUGAAGUUGAGGAAGAAAGCAUCUCGGUAUACACUCGUUGAUGGGGUCCUCUAUAAGAGAUCUUUCUCACUUCCUCUUCUACGGUGUUUAAACCCUUACGAAGCUGAGUAUGCACUUUGGGAGAAAUGCCCGAAAUGUCAAUUCUUUGCACAUUUGACUCACCAACCAAUAGAAGAGCUCACGAACUUGGUAGCACCGUGGCCAUUUGCUCAGUGGGGACUGGAUCUUUUAGGCCCAUUCGUGAAAGGGGUUGGUGGUGUAACCCAUCUGAUUGUUGGUGUGGAUUAUUUCACAAAAUGGGUUGAAGCUCAGCCAUUAUCUAGUCUUACCUCCAAGAAGGCCGAACACUUUGUUUUCAGCUCGAUCAUCUGCAGAUAUGGGAUCCCGAAUCAGAUUGUAGCUAAUAAUGACACUCAAUUCAAUUGCUUAUCAUUCCGAGAUUUCUGUUCCAACUAUGGGAUCAAAUUGCAGUUCACCUCCAUUUACCAUUCGGAGUCCAAUGGUAUGGCAGAAUCUGUUAAAAAAUGCAUUUUAGAAGGAAUAAAACCGAGGUUGGAACAGCACAGGGCCAAGUGGGCGGACGAACUCAACAACGUCCUAUGGGCAUACAGAACAACGAGUCGAACUGCCACAGGUGAAACACCCUACCACUUGGCAUUUGGCAUCGAAGCAGUCAUUCCUAUUGAAAUAGGAGUCCCAAGCUUCCGGGUCACCUAUUUCAAUGAAGGACGAAAUGGACAACUGCUUCGGGAAAACCUUGAUCUGCUUGCUGAAGUCAGAGAAGAAGCACGACUUCGAACUCUAGUAUACAAGCAAAAACUAGCCAACUUCUACAAUAAACGAGUCCGCCCUAAAACAUUCAAAGUAGGAGAUCUUGUUCUCAGGAAAGCUGGCCUAACAGGGUUUGAAACUCGUUUUGGCAAACUGGCCCCAAAUUGGGAAGGCCCUUAUACAGUAGCUGAGGUGCCACACCCUAGUGCUUAUGUCCUCUAAGACGCUGAAGGAAAGAGAGUUCCUAGAGUCUGGAAUGUCAAUAACUUGAAGAAAUUUUACCCCUAAUAAAUUUCUUUCAAGUGAUCUAUGUCUUACUAUCCUUUACACUUAUUAUUUCGUGAUUAUUGAAAUUCACUUUACCUCUUGAACUUCACUCCUAUUAAUGAAUAUCACUUCGCGUG